AUACAUGGCCCUGAAUCACUAUGCAUGACCGCAUCCGAUCCGAGAUUUAGGAGGGAAGGCCUGACUACGGUACACAGCACACUCAGGUCCCAGCGCCGACCCUGCCACUACCUAGCAUGGAUGCUGUCUCUAAUUUUCGUUAGUAUCUGCCUGCACCACUCCAUAGCACGAAGUCCCAGGCUCGUCUCCACAAACGGGAAACGCCAUCUCGCCAGCUCAUCCCCUUUGAGGUAUUAGGCGCUGCGGUGGCUUGUGUAGAGCUACUGCGAUCGUCCAAUGGGGGCGUCGGUGGCCCUGUAAUUCGCACGAGGGGGGCCAGAUAGUGAUGCCUGUCGCCGACAUCAUGCGCGCUUAUCAACUCGGCUCGGCGGCGGCAUGUGUCCCUUCAUCCGCCAGGACCGCCAGGCAGGAGGAUCAUCCUCAUCCUGUCGGAUACCAGUCACACCGAAGGACACAGGUCAACUACGGUGGCAAAAGCACAUUGCAGAAGCUGCGCCAGCUGAUUACCACCCCCCUGUUCAAUCAGAAUUCCCUUACAAUGGAUUCGCGUGCGCAGCUUUCUCUCAUGGGCAAGGGCUCCACUACUAUUGUGGGUGGUCAUGCUACGAUAGGUUCCUUCUCAGCCGAUGUCUUAGCCUUCUUUCUACGUCGCAUAAUGUUCUGCUCAUCGUGUUCCACCAUCUUGCCGUGUUUCUGUGCCACUUCAUUCUCGAUGGCGUUGAUUCGGCCUUCCGGCCUUCUUCACAUCCAAAAGGGCGAGCUCCAUCCCGCCAUAUUUCGAAGGGAUUAUGACCGCGUGGCGCAGUCCACCCUAUGUGUGAGAUUUUUGCGAGGCGAGACGACUGCUCUGGGAUCUAGCUUUCCCUGGGAGGGUUCAUUUCAAGUUACCUACGAGUCAUGGUCUAUGACAGUCUGCAGUAGUGUCUAGAAGCUCAUAUACGACAUGAAUGUUCAUUAGUAUCAGCAUUCCAGAACCGGUUCUGGGUCUAGGUGGGUGAAAAAGCUCAAACACAAGCGUACGAUGCCGGACCAGCCGGAUCUUGCUCGAGUUUACGCAGCACUUCCGAAGAUGAACAGGGGACAUCAGCUGACAAAAGGUGAAAUGACCACCCUGCAGAAUAAAGGUUGGGUAGAAAGAAAACAGGGGCAAGGCAGAGAAGACAAAUGAGGGCGAAACCCGGUGGAUAGCGGUGGGCUGCAA